ACUGGCCUGUCUGGCGUUUUUCUCUCUCUCCUGUUGCUUUCACUGAGGAUGAGUCUCUGCGCAUCUGUGUGCCGAUCCCACGGAGACAAGCGGCGCAAUUUCAUCUAGCGACUGGUCACCUGUGCAAUUAUGGAUAUUUAAAAGGAUCAAGCAGUGUGGAGGGGGAGUUCCCCUCCACACUCCCCCUUGGUGCUUGACUCUAGGAAUAAUCUGUGGAAAGCUUUUUUUUUUUAAAAAAAAAACCUGCACAAAUUUGAUACAAACUUUACACUAGAGGUAUUUAUAAUAUUUUUUAAGUGCCAAAAUAAAUUAUACAAAGAUACAUAGUUUUAUACUAUUCCUUAGAGGAUUUAAUCUUCAAAGGGCUAUUUGUUCUGUAUAAUUCAUCUUGUGUCCUGGCAUUUUCAUUUUCCCUUUUUUGAAUUCUUCUUAACUGACUAUUCUGAAGAAGUAAGCAAGAUAACAGUCAUUAGGAUGAAUUCUGUCCCUGACUGCACAUCCAAGUGUCGAUCCCUGAAGCAUGCUUUAGAUGUCCUUUCUGUGGUGACAAAGGGGAGUGAAGGCCAGAUUAAGGCUUUUCUCUCUAGCCAUUGUCACAAUGCUGCAACUGUUAAGGAUGACUUUGGAAGGAAUGCUCUCCACUUGAUUUCCUCCUGUGGAAAGAAAGGAGUGUUAGAUUGGCUGAUUGAGAAAGGAGUGGAUCCCUUGGUGAAGGACAAGGAAUCAGGAUGGACUGCUUUGCAUCGAAGCAUUUUUUAUGGACAUAUAGACUGUGUUUGGUCUCUACUAAAGCAUGGUGUUAGUCUCUAUAUUCAAGAUAAAGAAGGUUUAUCAGCUUUGGACCUGGUGAUGAAGGAUAGACCUGCACAUGUAGUAUUCAAGAAUACUGAUCCUACAGAUGUCUAUACUUGGGGAGAUAAUACAAAUUUCACCUUGGGUCAUGGAAGCCAGAAUAGCAAAAAUCAUCCAGAGUUGGUGGAUCUGUUUUCCAGAAGUGGCAUUUACAUCAAGCAGGUGGUGCUUUGUAAAUUUCACUCGGUGUUUCUGUCGCAGAAGGGGCAGGUUUAUACCUGUGGCCAUGGUCCUGGAGGGCGGUUAGGACAUGGAGAUGAGCAGACCUGUAUGGUCCCCAGGCUUGUGGAAGGAUUGAGUGGUCACAGUUGUUCCCAGGUGGCAGCUGCUAAGGAUCACACUGUUGUAUUAACUGAUGAUGGAUGUGUUUACACAUUUGGUCUGAAUGAUUUUCAUCAAUUAGGACUUAAUCCCCCACCACCCAGCUGUAAUGUACCCAGACAGAUACAAGCAAAACAUCUAAAAGGAAGAACAAUUGUUGGAGUAGCAGCAGGAAGGUUUCAUACAGUGCUAUGGACUAGAGAAGCUGUUUACACAAUGGGACUGAAUGGUGGACAACUGGGUUAUUUACUGGAUCCCAAUGGAGAGAAGUAUGUAACUGCUCCUCGUCAAGUUUCUGCCCUUCAUCAUAAGGACAUCACUUUGUCGUUGGUAGCUGCAAGUGAUGGAGCCACAGUUUGUGUCACCACAAGGGGAGAUAUUUACUUACUUGCAGACUAUCAGUGCAAGAAGAUGGCUUCUAAACAGCUAAAUUUGAAAAAAGUUCUUGUUUCCGGCGGGCGCAUGGAAUAUAAAGUUGAUCCUGAACAUUUGAAAGAAAAUGGGGGUCAAAAAAUUUGCAUUCUUGUAAUGGAUGGAGCUGGAAGGGUAUUUUGUUGGAGAUCAGUUAGCAGCUCUUUGAAGGAGUGUCGAUGUGCCUAUCCACGCCAAGUCUUCAUUUCUGAUAUCGCUUUAAAUAAAAAUGAAAUUCUCCUUGUCACGCAAGAUGGGGAAGGAUUUAAAGGAAAAUGGUUUGAAGAAAAAAGGAAGAGUUCUGAAAAGAAGGAGAUUUUAUCAAACUUUCGUAAUUCCUCAUCAGAUGUGUCUUGUGUAUCUGAAAUAAAUAGCAUAUAUGAAAGAAUUCGACUUGAGAAACUUAUAUUUGCCCAUAGAGCUGUUGGUGUCAGCACAGAUCCGAGUGGAUGCAACUUUGCAAUCCUGCAGUCAGAUCCCAAAACAAGCCUUUAUGAAAUUCCAGUUGUGUCCUCAUCAUCCCUUUUAGAAGAGUUUGGCAAACUGUUGAAGGAGACAGAUGAAAUGGACAACAUCCAUGAUGUGACAUUUCAAGUUGGCAAUAGACUCUUCCCUGCACAUAAAUAUAUUUUGGCAGUUCGUUCUGACUUUUUUCAGAAACUCUUUCUUUCAGAUGGUUCUGCUUUAGACUUUGCAGAUGUUUACCGGAAAGAUGAAGAUGGUGCCGGAUGCCAUCUCUUUGUGAUAGAGAAAGUUCAUCCUGACUUGUUUGAAUACCUUUUACAAUUUAUAUACACAGACACUUGUGACUUUUUAACUCAUGGUUACAAACCAAGAGUACAUUUAAGCAAAAAACCAGAAGAAUAUCAAAGCACCCCAAAUUCUCAUUUGAAUAAAAUGAAUUGUCAUGAAGAUAAUAAUCACAAGUCAGCAUUUGAAGUUUAUAAAAGCAAUCAAGCUCAAACAAUUAGUGAAAAGCAGAAAAGAAAACUUAAAUCUGCUAAAAAGGGCAAAGUUGUUGGAGAAGAUGAUCCUGUAAGAAUGUUGCAAAAUGUUGCAAAGAAAUUUGGCCUCAAUAAUUUGAGUAGUAGGUUAGAUGGAGUAAGAUAUGAAAAUGAAAAAAUCAAUGUAAUUGUCAAGAAAACUGGUAAUAAACCAAAGCUAAAUCAGAAAAAAUGUUCAUUUCUUUGUGAUGUAACCAUGAAAUCAAUGGAUGGGAAAGAAUUUCCUUGUCAUAAAUGUGUUCUUUGUGCCAGACUUGAAUAUUUUCAUAGUAUGCUGAGUAGCUCAUGGAUUGAGGCUUCCAGUUGUGCAGCUCUGAAAAUGCCAAUACAUUCAGACAUACUGCAGAUUAUUUUGGACUACCUAUAUACUGAUGAAGCUGUCGGGAUAAAAGAAUCUCAAAAUGUGAAUUUUAUUUGUAAUGUUCUUAUUGUGGCUGAUCAGUUUCUCAUAACGCGACUGAAAGAGAUUUGUGAAGUAGCAUUAACUGAAAAUCUUACUCUUAAAAAUGCUGCUAUGCUGCUGGAAUUUGCAGCAAAGUAUAAUGCUGAACAAUUGAAACUGUCUUGUUUACAGUUUAUAGGACUAAAUAUGGCAGCUUUACUUGAAGCAAGGUCUUUUGAUGUUUUAAGUCAUGAUGUUUUGAAGGAACUUUCUGUAUUUUACCGGAAAAUGAUUCCAGCAAUGGAUAGAAGGGUUAUUACACCAUACCAGGAUGGACCAGAUAUUAGCUGUUUAGAAGUAGAAGAUGGAGAAAUCUUUUUGAAAGAAGAAAACACUAUGGAACAGACUUCUUCGGAAACAAUGUUCACCAAAGCAAAAACAAGAGCAAAAAAGAAGCCACGUAAGCGUUCGGAUAGUUCUGGAGGUUAUAACCUCUCAGAUGUUAUUCAGAGUCCACCAUCCACAAUAUUAGUAACAUCUGGUAAAACUUAUUCUGUGGAGUCUCUACCAGAGCUGUUGACUUCAGAUUCUGAAGGAAGCUAUGCAGGAGUGGGCAGUCCCAGAGAUUUACGGUCCCCUGAUUUCACAGCAGGAUUUCAUUCUGAUAAAUUGGAGGUAAAAGUUAAACCGUAUGUUAAUGGUACACCUCAUAUGUACUCCAGGGAUGAUUCAAAAUCCCGGGAUAAAUCACCAGUGCUGAAAACAUCUGCUCCACAACCCAUUCCCAGUAACAAAACUGAUAAUACAGGCUCUUCCAAUUGGCUUGCCAGCUCUUUCAGUCCUGUCAGCCCUCCUGCCAUGGAUCUCAGAACCAUCAUGGAAAUUGAAGAAAGUCAGCAAAAAUGUGGAGCUACACCAAAGACAAAUUUGGGCAAAAUAACUUCUCAUGGAAUCAAACUUUCUCAGAAGCAAAGAAAACUAAUUGCAAUGACUACCAAAGAAAACAACUCAGGAAUGAAUAACAUGGAAACUGUUUUAUCCACUGCUUCAAAAUCCACCAAACCAGUGAAUGCAUGGACAUCUUCUCAACAUUCAGUUUUAUCCAAGUCAUUCCGGGAUUUUUCAUUAGAAGAAAAAAAGUCUGUUACUAGCCUUAGUUCAGAUCAUGCCAAAAAAGUUUGUUUUCAAGGAAUUGAAAAUUCCCAACCUCCAAAAGUCAUAAGGUAAUACAAAUUUUCUACUGUAGGCCCAUCAGGCAGCCAAAUUUCAGAUUUACCACUUCUAGACAGUCCUAAUCCGUGGCUGUCGUCUUCAUCCACUGCUCCUUCGGUAGCCCCAGUAACUUUCGCAUCUAUUGUAGAAGAGGAGCUACAACAAGAAGCAGCUCUUAUCAGAAGUCGAGAAAAGCCCUUGGCUCUGAUUCAGAUUGAAGAACAUGCUAUACAAGAUUUAUUGGUCUUCUAUGAGGCAGUUGGCAACCCUGAUGAGUUUGUCGUUGUUGAAAGGGCACCACAGGGACCUCUGGCAGUUCCUAUGUGGAAUAAACAUGGAUCCUAA